GAUAUGGUAUGUGAUAGAAGGAAGUCAUUGUUAUUCUCUUCUUAGGAAUGGUUGAUGGAGAAUUUCCAAUGAUGACCUUCAGUAAAGGGAAAAUUACGAGGUUGAACAAGGAUGAAGUAAGAAAUCGCAUUCACACUCUUGUCACUUGGGUUUGUGAUUGUGGGUAUCUGACUUCACUCCUUACCUGCUUGAAAGACCCAGUGACCAAUGUUGCAUCUAAGGCAUUGGAAAUCAUUCAGUUUAUCGGAAAUCUCAUUACGAAGUAUGAGAUUAGAAUAGAGAAGAGUAAGCAGAAAACCAGUGAUGCUUCUUAUACUGUGAGUUUAAGCCCAAAGAAGGAGACCAUAAAGGAGGAGGUGACAAGUACAAAAGUGAUGGUAGCAGGGAUAGAAGUCACUCUGCCUGAAGAUGCUAGUGCCUUAGACAAGAUAGAUCAAACCAUUAAUGACAUACUCAGCUCUUCUGCCUUGUCAGCUGUGUCAUUGAUCAAGAGGCCAAUGGGUGAAUACAGUAGCAGUCCCAGCCUGGAUAAUAGAGAUAUGAAGCUGAGUACUGACGAUAUCCCAUCUGCUAAUCCUGCCAUUCCAGUUUCAUCUUUGUUACAGUGCAUUGAUGAUUUGUCCCACACCACCAUCAAGCAAGAUGAUAGCCUUGACACAAGCAACUUCAUCUCCUUGCUGGAUGACAUUCUCCUUGAUGGAGGACAGAAGCCAUUGUUGUCCGAUGACCAAAGAUUGCGAGACUGCUAUUAAGUUUGGAAGUGUGCUCAUUUGAUUCAUUUGUACAUUAUUUCAUCCAGUGUGCAUUUGUUGAUUAAGAAAGAAUCAUUUUAACAAUAAUUAGAGUGUGUCUUUUAUGUGAAAGUAGCACAUGCACAGAAAUAAACUUUGUGACACUAACAGGCACACUGUAAAUAAAUGAAAAAUAGGUGGAUAACUAGCUUCACUUAUUUUCAACAUGUGCCUUAUUAUGCCUUAUUACGUAAAUCUGCUUGUAGUCAUGUGUAGUGCGAGCCUUAAAAUGAACUUGAAACUAAAUGUACUUCAUUUAGUGGUUGUUUGGCACCCUCUUGUACAUCAGUAUAAAUAUAAUUUUUAUAAGCUUAUUAAGUAGUCAGCAAUUUUUGUGUAUAGUGUAAUAUUUUUUUUCGGACUGACUUUGAUAUUAAGUUUCCUUUUUUGUUGUUAUUGUUGUUUCUAAAAGGGAUAUGAUGUACAAAAAAUUUACUGAUUUUUCUAGUGAGAAAUAAUGCAGAAAUUGUUCUCUUAUAUUAUCUAUUUGCCUUAAGCCGUAAAUGCUCAAAUUGUAGAGAUCUGGGUUAUUGUAUGUAGCUCAUCAUGUGUUCGAUUAAGAUUCAAAGGUUCAUUAUUUGUAUGGUUCUUUUGAUACAAGAUUUUCAUUCAUCGAUAGUAUAUUUUUGUGGGGCAAUACAAAUGUCUGUUUUAAGUAUAAACAGUUUGACGUUAAAUUAAAGUUUGGCCUUAGGAAACUUUAGAAUGAGUGAGUGAGCGAGUGAGCGAGCGUGCUUGUGUGUGAAUGCAUGAGUGGAUAAGGGUAUGUGUAUGUAUGAAAUGAAUUCAAGUUGGUUUUUAGCUAGUCUGGCAUCUUUGUGUCCUGGAUUGAGCAGUAUUAGUGAAACUGAAGAAUCACAAAAAAAUCAUAUCUUGGAAUCAUGUAAUUCUGUACAAGUUAGAUAAUAAAGAAACAGAAACAUUGAAUAAAAAUUCAAGGGGUAUUUGAAUAAUGUAAUGUACUGUAUGAGAUGCCACACAACUGCUUGCUUAGUGUUAGUCUGUUUGCACAAUACUUUGUUUAAUGUUAUGCACAAUUACUGCAACAAUUGAUUGUUUUAUAGUUGGAAUAACUAGUUGAAAAUUCCAGAUGAUGUUGGUAUUAUGGUCUUGACUUUCAAAAAAUCUUUUAAACUAAUAUGUGACAUAUUUUAAACAAAUAGUCAGAACUUAUUGGUGCAGAAUGGUGCAGUAAGGCAUUUAUCAAUUUGCAUUUUAGGAAACUGCAAAGUAGGCAAAUUACCUAACCAUAACUUGAGAAAGUAGUAAUAUUUUCAUAACUAGCAUUUCAAAUGAUUUCAUUGGAAUGUGUGAUCAGUUUAACCCAUUGGAUCUAGAUGUAUUUGGCUUACUGGACGGGCACACACACACUCUUGGAUAUAUUGCCUCCCCUUUGUAAGGUCUAUAUUUAUCCUUAUCCUUUGAUAUGCUGUAUCUAGAUGAUAAUAGACUGCUUUCCUUGCACAAACUCUGUAUUAUCUCUCUAGGUAGUCUAUAAGAUUUGCAAUAACAAUAAUAAUAUGUAAUGUUUCAUUAUUUGUCUUUUUUUUAUAUUUUCAUAAUCAGUUUUCUGUAAUCCACCCUGCACUGCUAGUCAUGGUGGGCAGGAAAUUUAGGAUACUGAACAUGAACUAUUGUCCUCCUUGCAGCUAGCACUCUUCUAGUUACGGCUCAUGGAUGGUACAUUCCAUCUUCAUUUACAGAUGAAAAUAAACCUAGAGACUGUUCCUAAA